AUGAAGACUGAAAUAGAUUAUUCAGUUUAUUUGGUAACUGCUAGGGGUCUAUUACCGGAAGGAAAAGAUUAUUUGGAAUCACUCGAGGAGUCUCUCCAAGGGGGUGUGACCGUCGUACAACUAAGGGAGAAGACAACAGAUACCGGAGAAUUCAUACAGGUCGCUCAAUCGACCAAAGAUAUCUGCGAUAAGUACAACGUCCCACUCCUCAUAAAUGAUAGAAUAGACGUGGCACUCGCUAUUGACUGUGCUGGUGUUCACGUUGGUCAAUCCGAUGCACCUUUAUCAAUUGCUCGCAAGCUUCUCGGAGAUGAAAAGGUUAUUGGUGUAUCAGCAGGAAAUAUAGAGCAAGCAAUCAAUGCACAAAAUGGUGGUGCUGAUUAUAUUGGUAUUGGUGCUGUGUACGGCACUCAGACAAAGGAUGUCACAAACAAAAUCAUGGGCACUCCAGGUGCAAGGAGCAUUUUGGCUGCUUUGGAUCCACAGUCACCUAUCAAAACUGUUGUAAUUGGUGGUAUCAAGUCUGAAAACCUAUUACGGGUUUUGAAUGGUGUACACGAAAAAGAUACUAAGAGGUACCUCGAUGGUGUCGCUGUCGUUAGCGAAAUAGUCUCAUCAAAGAAUCCAAGAGAAGCAGCUAGCAAUUUAAGUCAUCUCAUUAAAUCAUUUAGAGAGAGUGAGAAAAUCAAAUAUCAUUCUGCAAGCUAUGAUGUUGAUUCAAUUGUACAAGAAGCCUGGAGGAUCAUUAACGCUAUACCAGAGCAACAUCCACUUAUUCAGCAAAUGGCUAACAUCGUCACUGCGAAUGAUCAAGCUAACGCUACACUUGCCUUGGGUGCUAGUCCUGUCAUGGCUGCCGUUGUUGGCGAUCAAAAAGAUCUCAAUCCUCAUAUUGGAGCUUUACUCAUCAACAUGGGUACUGUAAGUGAAGAGCAGAAACAAGCUAUGCUUGUAGGAGGUCGUUAUUCAAAUCUGAAUAAGAAGCCACUUAUAUUUGAUCCUGUAGCCCUGGGUGCUACCUCAUUCCGUAAACAAACUGGCCAAGAACUCCUCAAUCAUUGGGCACCAACAGUUAUCAAGGGUAAUGCAGCAGAAAUUGGUGCUCUCUCAGGAUUGACCGAAGUUGCUACCAAGGGUGUCGACUCAGUUGGACCAGGCUUCAAAAAUCCUGUUACAGUUGUGAAAUCACUCGCAAACCGAGAACGUUGUAUUGUAGUCAUGACUGGAAAAGACGACUAUAUAAGUGAUGGAGAACGUACGGUGAAGAUAUCCAAUGGUCAUUCAUUACUCGGCCAAAUAACAGGUUCUGGAUGUGUCACGGGUACAGCUAUAGCAACAUGUUGUGCUGUCUCUUCAAUGACGACAGAGGAUAUGAAUGAAGACGGAAAGUUAUCACGUGGAGAUCAUUUUAUGGCUGCAAUAGCAGGAGUUCUCGCGCUUGAGAUUGCCGCCGAAAUUGCCAGUAAAAGGGACGACGUCAGAGGUCCAAAUACGUUUAGAUCAGCUUGGAUCGAUGAAAUGUCUAAAUUAAAUGAAAUUAAUUUAAAGAAAUUAAGUUGUGUAACACUUACUUAAAAUGGAAUAGAUUGAAUAUUGAAGAAAAUUUUCC